AUUAGAUCGGCAGCAGUCAGUCAAUGGGGUCAGAGUAGGACUACCGAGGGCUGCUCACAGGAUGAUUUCAACACAAAUCAUGGACAACCAGACGGAAAGAAGUGAAUACGGAGCAUACUUCGCGCCGCUCAGGUCAAACGGCAUCGACGGCGUAGAGAUGCUGGGCGCGGGCUUGACGGGCGCCGACUUGGCCGCGGUGCCCGAGCACUGGCUCUCGUACCCCGCGCCCCCCGCCGCCGUACACACCGCGCUCGCCCUACUCUACAUCUUCUUUACCGCCGCUGCCCUCAUUGGGAACGGGCUCGUCAUCUUCAUAUUCUCCACAACGAAAAGUCUUCGCACGCCAAGCAAUCUUUUGAUAUUGCAACUGUCCAUAUUCGACUUCAUAAUGAUGGCGAAAGCACCGAUAUUCAUUUACAACAGUGUCAUGAAAGGAUUCGCGCUGGGCGACCUAGGGUGCCAGAUAUUCGCACUGAUGGGUGCCUACAGUGGUAUUGGGGCUUCAAUGACCAAUGCUGUCAUCGCCUUUGAUAGACAUUCAACCAUCACACGGCCUUUAGACGGUCGUCUGUCGAAAGGGAAAGUACUGCUACUAAUGGCGUUGGUUUGGAUUUACUGCACGCCAUGGGCUCUACUGCCGCUGUUUAAAAUUUGGGGCCGAUUUGUGCCAGAGGGUUACCUGACGUCCUGCACAUUCGACUACCUGACCAACACGUUCGACACGAAGCUCUUCGUGGGGUGCAUCUUUAUGUGCAGCUACGUGUUCCCCAUGUCCGCUAUCGUCUUCUUCUACAGCGGCAUCGUCAAGCAAGUGUUCGCGCAUGAAGCUGCUUUGAGAGCUCAGGCCAAGAAGAUGAACGUAGAAUCUCUGCGAUCCAACCAACAGGCUAACGCUGAGUCGGCCGAGAUCCGGAUAGCUAAAGCAGCCCUCACGGUGUGCUUCCUCUUCGUCUCCUCGUGGACCCCGUACGGCAUCAUGUCGCUUAUCGGCGCGUUCGGCAAUCAAGAGCUGCUCACACCUGGGGUAACAAUGAUCCCCGCGGUGGCGUGUAAAGCUGUAGCGUGCAUAGAUCCCUGGGUUUACGCCAUCAGCCAUCCAAAAUACAGGCAAGAACUCCAGCGCCGCAUGCCUUGGCUACAAAUCAACGAGCCUGACGACAAGGCUUCCACGGCCACCACCAACACUUCCGCGCCACCACCUGCUUCUGCUUAACUACCUACUCACUUCACUUAGGGAGUAGAGUAACCGACUUCAUAACAAUCAAU